UGACUGAAACUCUCUCUGUGCAUUUGUUUUUUCAUUUUCGUUUUCUUCUUUGGGCUCUCUGUUUUUGAUCUCUAAUGGAAGCUCUCAGCAUACUGAAGUUCUGGAGAAAUGCGGUGGUCGGAGGCUAUGCGAGCUCUGAAGUGGACGAAGUGCGGAAUGCGGCGUUUGUUACUGACGACGAUGAAGAGACCGAUGACGAAGAGUCGUUCUUCGAUUUGGUUUUCAAUUCGCCUGGUCGAGGUGCGGGCAAAGGAGGAGAUGAGGUUUUGAAGAAGGAUGCUCAGUUUAUUGAGUCUCCGAGAGAUGUUUUCCUGAGUAAGAAUGACGAUUCUGCCAUUUCUAAGGCUAUGUCUCCGGUUGCUAUCCUGCGGUCGACUCCGAAGUUGAAGGUGUUCAUGUUAGGCUUCAAAAAAUCGUCGAAAUGCGAGAGAGCUGAGUCGAUUUCGGAGGCGAAGGGGAGUCCGUUGAAUCAGUUCGCAAAAUCAUCUAAAAUCGAUGGAAGCAGCAACCGUUUCGCCGGGAAAUGCAGAGUAGCUGAAAUGCCCGCCGGUCCAUUUCUUGCUAGAGAUAAUAGCUUGAGAAGCAAAAUGCUGAAGGAAAAUUUUGAUUCCGAGGCUUCUGCUCACGUACUCUCCUCCGAAAAAUCGGUUCCGAAGUAUCUGAAGCUUAUUAAGCCUUUCUACGUUAAGGCGUCGAAAAAGACGAAGCUAGCGGACUCUCCGACGCCGUCCUCUUCACCGAUGACGAUUCCGGUGAACCUUUCGCCUAAAAAAUUCUCCGAGGGGAGUAGAGUGGGGAGCUUUAAGAUCGCGACAAGGAACUUAGCUAAAAUCCGAUCCGCGGCGGUGGAUCCGCCGUCUGUCCAACGGAGAGACGAUUCCUUGCUCGAACAACACGACGGAAUCCAAGGCGCCAUUCUUCACUGUAAAAAAUCAUACAGUUCUUCAUCCCAAGAAUUCUCGCACUUAUUCCGAUCUUCAAGCGAUCCUUCGCAUCAGAAUUCGAGAUCCACAUUAAGAACCUCGUGUGAGGAGCCAAAACGUUGCAGCAUUUGAAUAACUGCAGGCAGAUAAAACGUGAUAGCUUCCUUGAACAGGUAACAGUAAAAAGCCUUAAAUGAUGAUGCUACGCUGACGUCAUUUUCCGUGGCUAUAAUUAUGGUAGGGUUGUAUUUUUGACGCUUCUACUUUAUGUAAAGAAUCUGAAAAUUUUAACGUGUAUGUGCUGUGAGUAGUCUGAAUUGUCCAAUGAGUAGAAUCUAGCUUCUGCUGUAGAAAUUAAUUUAUUAAUUAAUCAAAUCUCCUCUAAUCCUUCCAAC